AUUUUUUAAACAUUUAUAAUCUUAAGCAACCUUAAACAUGGACUAUAAGUUUAAUUAUGUUCAUUUGAUAUGUGCUUUAUCAGCAGUAAUUAUCAUGCUUAUGUACAUAUAUCCCAUUAUAUUCUACAUAUUCCUAUUCGUACUGUAUUCAUUCAUCUUAGUCGUUUGUGUGCUUUUUGUUCAACAAAAUAGAAACAAGUUAUCAACAGCGAAGCCCAUUCAGGCUUCGACCAUCUUGUACAAUGCUACACGCUCUCGUAUGUUUGAUGUUCCAAAGAGAACGAAAGCUAAUUUGCCGGUUAUUUUUGGACGUACGAUUGACAACCUUAUACAGCAGAUACUUAGCAAUGCACUUGAUGAGUUUGUCAACAGUUGGUUGAGCAAAGUCGUUCACGACGAAAAGGAAUUAGUUGAAAUAUUCCGAGAAGACUUAUGGAUUGCGGGACAAAAGCUUGUCGACCGACUGCGAAAAAUCGAUGCACCAAAAAUUCUUGCAGUUGAUUUUGUCACGAAAGUCACGCUACAUUUGGAGAAAACAAGAAUGAUAAAGGAAAAUAGUGAGACGACCUUUAAAAUGUCUACGUAUUUAGUUACGGACGAGAAGGAAAUGGAAUUUUUGAAGAAAAUUAGCGAGAUUGUCGUUAUUUUACUCCUUCCGCGUGGAUACUCAAUAGCACCAUUAAAGAAUCUUUUGUGUGAAAUUAUUGCAUUUAAAGGAUUUUAUUCAACAAUUAAAAUCAUCACCAACCCUGAUUAUAUCAAUCAAAGAGUUGUCGAAGGUAUUCAAACAAAAUUAGCAUCAAUAGCUAUGAGCAGAAGAAGCUACGAAUAUGCUAGUAGCUUUCAAGAUUUCCUCAAGAUCAUCAACAACUCAACAAGUAUUGAAGAAUUGCUUCAAAUGCGAUCGUCAGUCAUCAACGACCUUAUGCAAGCCACAACAACACAAAAUCUUCAAAGAGCUAAAGGAAUUGACCUUGAAUCGGGAUCAACAUCAAGUCUUAAACGCUCAGACAUCAAUGCAGCUUUGAAAUUAAAGAAGUAUAUUAAACAAUUGUCUUAUGCUAAGUCACAGUGCGAGAAAACUUUGGGUAAACUCGGAUGGGUCGGAAAUUGUUCGAAUGAUUUGAAUCUAUCACUUCAAGAUGUUUUGUCGACGAUAUUGGGUCGAAAGUACUUUACAAAAUUCCUAGACUCACUUAGUGCAGGGAAUUUAGUAGGUUUCUAUACAUCCGUUGAGGAACUAAAGAUAGCAUCACGUGGAAACAUUCAUCAAGUAGGUGCUGAAAUUUUCUAUGCUUACAUUCGUCCAAAUUUUGAAAUUAAGUUAGACAAAAUGGAUCAAAAGAAAUUGGAAGGAUUCCUACGUGGUGAUGACACUGAUCAUGAAGUAUUUUUUGACAUCCAAAAGAAUGUGUUCAAGCUCCUCCAAGACAAAUAUUAUCAGUCAUUUAUCAUGAGUGAAGAAUACAAGAAAAUGAAAAAUUCUAUAGCAACAGAAGAUGUGUCGAGUAUAUCCAACAAUUCAAUUAUAAAAACAAAUUUUGACACCAAUCCCAAUGAGGAAACUCAAGAGGAAUAUGACACAGAAAUGGAUCUGACAAACCACUCAACAUAUGCCAAAAAUAAAUUAGAACAGAUGCACGAGCGUCUUAAAACAAAGAAAAGUGCUUUGGAAGCUUUAAAGUCAGCUGUCAAGCCUGACUCACAAGUCUUAGCUAUUUUAGAGAAAGAUAUUGAAAAUUUAAAAAAUGAAAAACGACAACUUGAGAGUCAUCUCCUCCGUACAGAAACGUGGAGUGCUAAUAUUGGUAAAUGGCGCGCAACAGUCGAGAGUGUCGAAAUCCCUGAAGAUAAAGACACACCGGAAUUUUUAAUUGUCGUACAAACAGAUGAAAUUGUUGAAGCCAAAGAAGAAGAUAAUUAUGAGAAUGAUGAGAAUAUAUCAACAGGUUGGGUUGUGCUUAGAACUUUAGAUGAUUUUCAUGAGCUGCAUAAACAAAUGCGACCGCUUUGCACUGAAUUGAAGAGCUUAGAUUUACCAUCAAAUAAUACAUUCAUAUUGUUUUUUGGUAAAAAUGACAAGGGAUCAUUGGAGAAAGCCAAAUCACAAAUACAGAGAUACCUUAAUUUUGUAAUGGAUAAUUCAAAACUAGUUGAAUCAGAAUUUCUCUUUGCCUUCUUAAGUCCAUCAUGCGAUAAACUGAAAACAAUUCAUCCAUCACCCAAAAAAGCUCGCUUCUUCUCACUAGCCACACUUUUUAAAAGUAGUUCAAGUAGUACAUCUAGUACUGAUCAAUUGUGGGGUACACGUGAUAAUAAUGAUGAGGACGAGGACUUGUUGCUUGUAUCAGAUGCAAAUGAAAAUGGAAUAGAGCCAGUAAAAGAUAAUAAUAAAGCUACACAUUUUGAGGAUUUAAAAGAUUCAAUUGCCGAGCCAAUUUAUCAUUUAUUAAGUGAAAUUUUUGAUCUUACUGGUCCAUUUAAAUUUCUUAGAAAAUCAUUGAUUUCAUUUGUACAAUUAACUUACGGUGGAACUAUAAAUCGGCAACUACGGGACUUAAUCUCAAGCUAUUUUGAUGAAGCAAGCUUGCAUCAAUAUGCGUCGACAUGCUUAAAGACUUUUUGGCCUUCGGAUGAUGAAGUGAUAAAAAAUAUUCCUGAGAGAACUGAUGAUAUGAAAGAGAUGACAGCACAUGCUGCUCGUUCAUUAAUUAUUGAUAAUAUUCCGGAUAUUUUAUGUUCAUUGGUUGGACAGCAGAAUGCUAAAAAUGGAUCGCUGAAAAUAUUUGAUGUCUUGCAGAGUGAAAAAUACAAUAAGCAGUUGAUUUAUGAUUUACUUGAGGUUUUAUUGGUUGAAAUAUUUCCAGAAAUUAAAAGUAUUCCAAGUCCAAAGUAAUUGUUUUUAAGAAUCAAAAUCAUUUUUUAAAUUUAGUGAAACAAUUGCUGCUUCAGCUGACACCAAAUCUAGUCUCACAAAGAUUCAAACUAUGUAUCUCAUUCAUGGAAGGUUCAGAGUUGUUUAAAACACCAAGUCCCAGCAACCUCGUUGAGUAUAAACCCGCAUCUAACAUAGCUGAAGCAAUAAUUGAGCUACUAAAAUUAUUGACUAAUUUUAAGACAUAUCUAGUCAUACUUUACAACACAUUAUACAUAAAUUAUUUUAUGGCAAACAUAAUUUUAUGAAUGUAACAACACAGAGCAUGCAUUUGGUAUAUUAUUACAUAUACAUAUACAAUUAUUGGUGUGCAAAAAGAUUUAAUAAUAAAGAGAUGAUAAUUAAUUGAAAG